CACCUCCUCUCCCGUUGGUGGCACUACAGAAUUAAAAUAAUAGAGCAAACUGCUUCCUGUUUGGUAGCGUGUGUGAGUUUGGGAAAGAGGACUCCACCAUGGAUAUCCGGCCCAACCACACCAUCUACAUCAACAAUAUCAACGACAGAGUGAAGAAAGAAGAGUUGAAGCGCUCUCUGUACGCGCUGUUCUCGCAGUUUGGCCAGAUUGUGGAGAUCGUGGCCAUGAAGACCAUGAAGAUGAGGGGACAGGCCUUUGUGGUGUUCAAGGAGCUGGCCGCCGCCACCAAUGCCCUGCGCCAACUGCAGGGCUUCCCCUUCUACAACAAACCCAUGAGGAUACAGUAUGCCAAGACGGAUUCUGAGGUCAUUACCAAGGUCAAAGGAGCGCACGGCGACCGAGACAAGAAGAAAGAAAAGAAGAAGAAACCUCAGGAGGCCGCCGCUCUCGCCAAGAAAGCUGCUAUGAUGCCGUCAAUUCCAGUCCACAUUCCAACAUUGCAGAUUCCUGACAACCCGCCAAAUUACAUACUGUUCCUGAGCAAUCUACCUGAGGAAACUAACGAGAUGAUGCUGUCAAUGCUCUUCAACCAGUUCCCGGGCUUCAAGGAGGUACGUCUGGUUCCCGGGAAGCACGACAUCGCCUUUGUGGAGUUUGAGGGUGAAAUGCAGGCAGGCGUGGCCAAGGAUGCCUUGCAAGGCUUCAGGAUUACCGCCACCUGUGCCAUGAAGAUUAGCUUUGCCAAGAAAUAGGACAACCUUUUCACCUACAUGGACAUUUUGCAACCUUUUUUUAUUUUCCUUUUUUAUCUACUUGGCACAGAAUAAUCCUGUGACUUUGUUUUGUAAAUUAACAAAA